AAAUUAAAAUGUUUAGAUGCAGGGGGGUUUGGAGUGGUUUACAAAGUGCGAUGGAAUGAAGGAAAAGAGAAUGAACAAAUAGCAGCAGCAAAAUUUAUUAAAUAUGCUGCAACGCAACAAUUCGAGAGGGAUUUUGACAGAGAGGUGCGUAGUUUGAGGCAUUCGAAAGAAUGUAAAGAGUAUAUUAUUCAAUUCUUUGGAUUAUCGCAGGACCCCGUUACAAAUGAAUAUAUUAUUGUCAUGCAAUAUGCGAAUAAUGGCAACUUAAAAGAUUACCUCAGAAAUAAUAAGGAUAAACUGCAAUUAUUUGACAAAAUUUCUUUGGUUAAAUCUAUUCUCAAAGGAUUAAAGUUUUUGCAUAGCAGGAGGAUAAUACAUAGAGAUCUGGUACCGUAA